GGCAGAGAAGGGACAGCGUGCGGUCCGCGGAGAGACCGGUGCUGCUGACCGGGGCAAGAUGUUGCAGUCGGCCGCGAUGGCGUGGAAGCUGUGCCUGCUGCUGAUUGGCUGCGGCUCGGCCGCCAUCUUGAACAUAGACUCGCGUGUCGUGUCCAAGAACGUGUCCUCGACCCUGGACGCGCUGCUGGACAAGCGGCGCUACGACAAGAGGAUACGACCUGGCUACGGCGGUCCUCCUGUCACCAUCACCAUCAACAUGCUGGUCAAGAGCAUGGGCUCCGUCACGGAAACAGACGAGAGCUACACCAUGGACAUCUACUUCAGGCAGGUGUGGUACGACAGCCGCCUGCAGUUCUCCCCGCUGCCCGGGAGGGGACAGCUGUCGCUGCCGUGGCUCUUCAUGGGGCUCGUGUGGAAGCCCGACACCUUCUUCAUGAACGGCAAGCGGUCCCACCUGCACCGCAUCACCGUGCCCAACACCUUCCUGCGGCUCCGGCAUGAUGGCUACCUCACCUACUCCAUGAGGUUGACCGUGAAGGCGAGAUGUCCGAUGGCCCUGCGCAAGUUCCCGCUCGACUCGCAGAAAUGUCCCCUUCUCAUCUCCAGCUACGGCUACCGCACGGACGACGUGCUGUACCGCUGGAACAGCUCCUCCAGCACCGACAACGUGGUGAUCGAGCCCAACCUGGAGAUCGCGCAGUUCGACCUCGUCAACGUGAGCACCGAGGACGCACUGCUGGCCCGCCGCGGCCACUCCGGCGGAGACGAGUACUCGAUGAUCAAGGCGGUGUUCCACCUGAAGAGGCACACCGGCUUCUUCAUGCUGCAGAUGUAUGUGCCGUGCGUGCUCAUCGUGUGCUGCUCGUGGGUCAGCUUCUGGAUCGACCCGCAGGACGCGCCCGGACGGGUCAUGCUAGGCGUGAUGAACGCGCUCUCCCUGACGACGCUCGGCGUGGGCGGCAAGGCGCAGAUGCCCAAGGUGUCCUACCCCACCGCCAUCGACUGGUUCGUCAUCCUCUGCAACUGCUUCGUGUUCGCCGUCAUGGUGGAGUACGCGUCCAUCAACCUCGCCGACAAGGUCACCAAGGACCUGAAGAAGAUGAUACAGGACCGCCUCCUCUCCAAGAACUCUCCGCCAAAGGUCGGGCAGGGUCUGGGCGCCGACCUGUCCUCGGACCCGCCCAGGGCGGUGUCCAUGGUGAACCUGCGGCCAGUGGGGGGCCAGCCGGAGCCCGAGGCGCUGAGCGCCAGCGCCGUGGAGCUGUCGACGGCGGGGCGCGACCCGUGGAGCACCGAGGACGUCCGCCAGGAGGCGGAGGUGGUGUCGCCCAUCAUCAGGGUGUCCGGGGAGGCGAAGGAAGACUUCCCCGACAGGCCCCUGCCCCCCGUGCCCCCGCACAGGGUCAUACCCCGCAUCAGGAUCACCCAGGGGGCGUCGACCGACGGCCAGGAGCCCGAGUACGACGAGGUGCAGGAUGGCGUGGACCAAGAUGGCGCGGACCAAGAUGGCGCGAAACAAGAUGGCGCGAAACAAGAUGGCGCGGACCAAGAUGGCGCGGACCAAGAUGGCGAGGACCAAGAUGGCGUAAAACAAGAUGGCGCGAAACAAUAUGGCUCGAAACAAUAUAGCGCGAAACAAGAUGGCACGAAACAAGAUGGCGCGGAACAAGAUGGCGCGGACCAAGACGGCGAGGACCAAGAUGAGGGCAUCUCCAUGGAAGAGGACGUGACGACCCCCUGGGGGCGAAGACGAUCCCACACGGACGCACUGAGAGCGUUCUCGCGCACGACGAGGCGUUCCAUGCGACGCUCGAUCAUGCGGCCCGUGCGCGCGUGGCGCAGCUACCGCUUCCUGCCGCGCGAGGAGGACGUGAGCCGCCAGCUGCAGAGCCACGAGGAGCCCCCGAAGUUCACGGCGAUGGACAUCAACUCCAGGAAGGUGUUCCCGCUGUCCUUCCUGCUGUUCCAGACGGGCUACUGGGUCGCCUACCUCUACUACAUCACAGACUACUCUGGGCCGGUCGCACCUGCUGUCUCUGGCACGCGCGCCAAGCCUCCCUGGCAGAUCUGCCCUUUUUUUACAUCUCCGCUGGCAGAUUUACAUUUCGACCGGCGCUGCCAGCCUGUUUCGCCCGGCGAGAAGUGGAGAGGCGGCCGGUGGCCGGAGCGAGCCGGGGGGCGGCUGCAAAUAGCGAGGAGGCGGCCAGUCAUGCGGCGGCGGCUGGCGGCGGCGCUGCUGCUGCUGCUGGCGCCGGCCUGCGCCGCCCUCUUCAGGGACUACCGCGCCGCCUCGGGCAACGUCACGGCCAUGCUGGACGCGCUGCUCGACAAGACCCGCUACGACAAGAGGAUCCGGCCGCUCUUCGGCGGUCCGCCCGUCAAGAUCACCGCCAACAUGGUCGUCAAGAGCAUGGGCUCCGUGUCGGACACGGACGAGAGCUACACCAUGGACAUAUACUUCAGGCAGGUGUGGCAGGAUCCCAGGCUGACCUUCUCCCUGCCGGGCAGAGACAUGCUGUCCUUCACCUGGCUCUUCAUGGGGCUCAUCUGGAAGCCGGACACCUACUUCAUGAACGGCAAGAAGUCCCACCUGCACCGCAUCACCGUGCCCAACACUUUCUUCCGCCUCAGAAAAGAUGGCUUCAUCACCUACUCCAUGAGGCUGACUGUGCAGGCGAGCUGCCCCAUGCACCUGAGGAGGUUCCCCCUGGACUCGCAGAAGUGCCCGCUCUUCAUCUCCAGCUACGGCUACAAGACCUCGGACGUGAUGUACAACUGGACGGACACGCACAGUGAUGCCAACGUGAGCAUCGAGCCCACCCUGGAGAUCGCGCAGUACGACCUGGCCAGCGUGCAGACGAUGGACCACAGCGUGGUGUACCGCGGCGAGUCGGGCAAAGACGAGUACUCCAUGCUGAAGGUGAUGUUCCAUUUCAAGAGACACACAGGGUUCUUCAUGCUGCAGGUGUAUGUGCCCUGCGGGCUCAUUGUGUGCUGCUCUUGGGUGAGCUUCUGGAUCGACCCUGAUGCUGUCCCAGCCAGAGUGUCCCUAGGGGUGACCACGGCACUGUCCCUCACCUCGAUGGGGUUCGGCGGCAAGGCGCAGAUGCCCAAGGUGUCCUACCCCACGGCGCUCGACUGGUUCGUCAUCCUGUGCUUCAGCUUCGUGUUCGCCGUCAUGAUCGAGUACGCCAUCAUCAACUUCCUCGACAAGAUCACCAAGGACUUGAAGAGGCUGCUGCAGCAGCGCAAGAAGAAGGACACGUCAAUCGAGGGCGAGCAGGCGGGACCCAGCGACGCCCUUGACCCGGGCCUCGAUGUGCCCAGGGACCGGCAGAGGUCGGCCUCGAUGGUGGAGCUGCCGGCGACCAGCUCCCGCCGGGGCUCUGCGCUGCUGCCGACGCCAGCGCAGCUGAGACGCCGCGCCAGCCAGGCGCUGGCUCCAGUGGUGCAGGCCAUCAGGAGACUCUCCAGCGCCGUCAGCCUGAGGCCGGAGCAAGAGGAGCCCCGGUCCAGGCCUGGCACCUGGAACAUACCUGCCAUCAGGGUGACUCGCAGACACCCUGCAGACACCGGCGGCCCGGAUGAUGAGCUGAUCUACGGCGGCAGCGAGGACUCGGCCGAGCACGUGUACGCGGAGCUGGACGAGCUGGCGCGCAGGAGCGCCCUGGAGGCCGGCGGCGAGGACUACGACUUCAGGGUCGCCGUGGACGACGAGGAGGACCGCGUGUCGCGCGUGGCGGAGGUCCUGGGCUCCACCAGGAGGUCCUUCAGGCGGUUCCUGGCGGCGAGGAGGGAGGCGCUGCGCCGGUACCGCUUCCUGCCGCAGGAGGAGGACGUGCAGGCCGCCAUGGCGAGCGGCGAGGCGCCCGACAAGUUCUCCGGCAUCGACAUCCGCUGCAGGAAGCUGUUCCCGCUGUGCUUCAUGCUGCUGCUGGCCAUCUACUGGGUCGCCUACACCUUCUACAUCACCGACGACUUCCCCGUCAAGGAGUUCAGGAAGCUGCGGUACGAGAAGGCGUGACCUUCACGUGACGUGCACUGACUCGGCAAUAUCGGAACGUACACUGAAUACAAGAUAUAAUGCACCACAUUUUGUUUUAAUUUGUAUUCUAUGAAUUCAUUUUGUUGAUACAUUUAGGUUUUUUUUUAAUAUUUUCGUUUCAUUUGGUUGUACUUCGUAUCUGUUUCCUUUUAGAUUAUUUCGAUUGUUUCACUUUGCUAUGUUUAGUUAGGUAACAAUUGCAAUACAGUUAAUUGCUUUUCUUUGAUUUCUUUUUACAAUUCAAACAUUUCUCUCAUUGAAAUUCGUUUCUAUUAAAAUUGGUUUCUUUUGAUUCUGUUUCAUGUAAUUUCACUUCGUUUCAUUUACUUCAAUACACUUGUGUAUAUUUCAUUUCGUUUACCGUUGUUACUCUCGGUGUACGGCUUUUGUUAGGAUUAAUUUCGUGAACGGAAUGGAAGUCGCGUGAAACCGAAAUGUGUCAUAAUUAUAUGAGCUCACAGAUUCCUGCCAUCAAACUUGUAAACCUUCAGAGGAAUGAGACUGUAGCGGGGAAUGUUGGUACGAGUGUGUGUUCUCAAACGAACUAAAUAUAUAUAUGUACAAAUGCUCAACCUUAGUAAAUUAGUGUUUUGGUA